AUGUUCAGUUGCCAACAUUGCAAACAGCCUAUUAAGAUCGAUGAGUCUCUUGUAGAUCUGAAUAAUACUUCAAUAGAUCUUUUAUUGGCUCCCCCUCCCGAGGAUGAUCUUCGUUCAACAACCUCAGUCUUGAAUAGCUCGGGAAAGUCUCUUAAUAAUAAUUUGCAACAAAUAUCACAUGCAUUCGAGUCUACUACUAAUAACUCAUUAGCUAAACGCUCUAAUGCAACUACACAUAAUUAUGGUCUGUCAAGAUCACCAACCAUCAACAAUAAAGAGUCUUUUUUGGGACCUUCUGAAUCCUAUGUAAUGCUAUCACGUUCGCAGGUUGCGCCGCCUCUUAACAGUUCAAAUGAACUACCUAUGGAUGCUAAUGCCGAUGAUCGACAAAGGGCAAGUUUAAGUUAUCGUCUAAAAUUAGCGAGACGUUUAUUUGAUCUAAUGUCAUCUCGAUCAGAAAUUGACCAUCCAAUUUGCCAAGAAUGCACAGAUAUGCUUUUGGAGAGUUUGAAUAAACAAUUAUCAGACGCAUCUAAAGAACGUGAUUGCUAUAUAGAUUUUCUAAAGAAAGUAAACUCUAAUGUGAUAAGUGAUGCUAAACAAGAAGAUCUUCGUCAAGAGAUACAAGAGAUACAAGCCCGUGAAUCGCGUGCUAUUACUACUCUAAAAGAAAUAGAGCGUGAAAGGGAUAAUAUGAAGAGAGAAUUAGCUGAAUUGGAGCAAGAGGCAAACGAAUUGGAUAAACUUGAAGAAAGUUAUUGGAAGGAAUUCAAUGACUUUCAUAUUCAACUGCAAAUAUUUCAAAAUGAGAGAGAUAGCGUUAAUGUCAAAUAUGAUCAUGAUGCAAAACAAUUGGAAAAAUUGCAAAAAACCAAUGUUUAUAAUGAUACAUUUUGCAUAAGUCAUGAUGGGAGUUUCGGUACCAUAAAUGGGUUCCGAUUAGGUCGAUUACAAAAUCAGCCUGUCGAAUGGAGCGAGAUCAACGCUGCCUGGGGACAAGCAGUUCUUUUACUGGCUACUAUUGCCAACAAGCUUAAUUUCACAUUUAAAACGUAUCGUCUUGUUCCUUUAGGUUCAUUUUCUCGAAUAGAAAAAAUUGGCGAUGACGAACAAAGUUAUGAACUAUACGGUUCGGGGGAUAUCGGAAUAGGGCGAAUAUUCCAAAACAACCGCUUUGACAAUGCAAUGGUCGCAUUUCUUAAUUGUUUGCAGCAAUUAGGAGAUUACGCCGAAAGACAAGAUCAUAAUUUAAAGCUACCAUACCGAAUUAAUAAGGAUAGGAUAGGAGAUGUCUCCAUAAAGAGACAAUUUAACCAAGACGACAAUUGGACUCGUGCACUUAAAUAUACCUUGACAAAUACAAAGUGGAUAUUAGCCUACGCAUCGUCAUCCAAUCAUGAUUGGAGUAAACAGAGAUCGAAUUUUCUUUCGACACGUUGA